UUUAUCAUUCGCGUUCCGCUUUCGCUUUGUGUGGGUUAAGGAUCUUGAAUUACUUUCGGCCAUACGCGUCUUAUACUUGCCGAUUUAUUCCACCUUUUAGUUUAUUUCAAAUCCAAUCCAUUUAUUCUCGAUUUCGCAAACCGGUAUGGCUGGGUACAAUCCUAUCGAUUUGGUUGAAGAAGAUGCCGCUGAUUUGCAGUUUCCUAAAGAGUUCGAAAAUGCUGAAACACUACUUAUAAGUGAAGUUCAUAUGCUACUGGAGCAUCGCAAAAACCAGAAUGAAUCCUCCGAAGAAGAACAAGAAUUUUCCGAUGUUUUCCUCAAGACAUAUAAUUACACCGGUCUGUUCCGGAAAUUCAAGAAUAAGGAGACAAUUGCUAGCGUACGUAGCUUGCUGAUGUCAAAAAAGCUCCACAAAUUCGAACUGGCCGCACUAGGAAAUCUUUGUCCAGACGCGCCGGAGGAAGCGAAGGCCCUAAUUCCUUCACUGGAAGGUCGCUUCGAGGAUGAGGAGCUGCGCCAAAUUUUAGAUGACAUUGGAACGAAACGAAGUUUACAGUAUUGAAUAUAUGAUGUUUGGGCAUAUCGGCACAAAAACUACAGAUAAAAUCUACCACUAUAAUAACAAUAAAUAUUUUAUUCAUCAACUCUGGAGUGUUGCAGUAAACAUUUAAUAAGGAACAUUGUAGCUGAACGCAUCAGAUAGCGCGGCAACUGUGGAAAAAUAAAAUAUUGAA